AGCAGAAAGGCGACAGUGUUAUUAUGAUACUCUGUGUUUGUAUAGGUGUUCUGUUAGGAUUGUGCUGGUGUUCAUCCAGUGUGGAAGGUGUGGAGUUUCUCCUCAGAGGAGACUCCAUCCCAACUGAUGGCAGUGGACGCCUUCUGAUCACUGAUAUCAGUCUCCACAAUGGACAGAAUAGUACUAGUGAUGAGGAUGCUCUCUGCUGUCACUCAACCAAAGAUGUUACGAUGAUCCGUGAAUUAGACAUAGGUGACUGGUAUCUAGAGCCUGACUUUGAAACUACCACUGACUUUGAAAAUAACACUGCCUAUGGAAAGAGAAUUGAUGGAGACAAUGAUCGAGGCUGGACCAGGAACAGAGAAUAUUCUGUUAAUGUAAGCGGCAUUUACUAUCGACUAGUGAGAUUGAAGCGAGUGUCGAAGACUGCUGUGGAGGGGAAAUUCACAUGUCAUAUUCCUGGAGAUAGCAACAACAACAGGUCUCUUCUCAUACUAUACCCCAUCCUGUCAGUGGAGGCAUUCAUUGAGGUGGUGACUGCAGAUCAAUUCAGAGUCCACUGUAUCUCCACUGGUGGUAGAGUUCUGAAUAUGUCUGUCACUGGACCACAUGGAGUGGUCUCUCCUCUCAGUGAUAUACAGGCAGUUGGCACUCAGAGAUGGAUGGGUAAUGAUAGCUACUCUGGUGUCACUGGGACACUAGAAGGUGCAGAUGAUGGAGACACUUACAACUGUACUGCAUCUAAUGGAGUAUCAUCUGCAACUGACAGUAUUGUAAUAGGAGCUGUCAGUAAACCAGUGAUAGAGUCACUAGAGAGGGUCUCCCCCACUGUUGUGAGAGUGGAGUGGAGUCAGCCACCAGGAGGGGCUGCAAUAACUGGCUAUGUUGUGUUCUACUAUGAUGGUAGUGUUACCAGGAAUAAGAGCGUACCCUCCACUAGUACUGAGAUCACAGUUAGCUCUGCUACAUUAAUUUACGUCAUCUCAGUGAUGGCUCUCUCAGAGGAGCCGUUCCUACCUCGAAGGAGUGCCUGGGAGACUAUCACGCUGUGGAGUCCAGAAGGUGUGGUGGUGGAUGGCUCAGAGAGCAGCUCAGUCAGAGUGUCCUGGGAGGCAGUGGACGAUGCUGACUACUACACAGUCUCAUUCAGUGCAGCAGUGGGAGAUGAUCAGGAGGGACUGUGUAGAGAUGAUUCUCAUUCUGCUAAUGUGACAGUAGUUGAUGUUCCCACUGCCAGUAUUACUGUGGGGGAAGAUGUAGGAUCAAAUGACACCUCCUCGUUGAGAGCAUACACCACAUACUCAGUCACUGUGGUAGCAUUCAGUGACAAGUGGGGCAAAACUGCGGGGAGUGAAGCUACCAGGUUGACUACGCUUCAGAGAGGAAGUUCAGCAGUUCCUGGCAGAGUCACAGUCAGUUCUCUUAGCUCCACAGUCAUCUCAGUCCAGUGGAGUGGCCUCUCUCCAUGUAGACUUGUCAAUGGUGUCAUUGUAAGGUACAGAGUACAGUACAGGGCUCAGUCCAGUGGACUGGUAAGGAGUAAAGAAGUGACUGGAAACUGGAGCUCAGGAGCAGAGACUGAACUGAGUGGGCUCAUCCCCUCCACCAACUACUCCAUUGCAGUAGCUGCAGUCAAUGAACAGGGAGAUGUGGGUGUCUACAGUCAUCCUGUCACUGUGAGGACACUGCCAGGUUCAACAAGUAAAGAGUCAAAGAAUUCUGUUAUUAUCGGUGCUACCAUGGCAUGUAUUGGAAUAGUAUUGGGAUUUAGUGGAGCUGUCAUUGGAUGCCUUUUCUAUAACAGGUCAUCACUAUCAAAGCAACGAGUUAACACCAAAGUGAACACAGAGGAUAAUCAAGCAUAUGGUGUGCACGAAAGACCAAAUCCUAAUGAGUCAUCAACAGAGGAGACAAAAGACGAGUAGUUUGCACUAUCACUAGAGCAGAUAGCUAUACCUUUAUAGCGUGCUGACAGUAUGUAGCUGUGAGUGUGUAGUCUUAAUUUUCAGUGUUUUAAUACAGUGAAUUUACAGUGAGUUAACUCACUUCCAUUUACACACGUGGAGUAAAUUGCAUCGC